CUUCAACGAAAAAAAAACCCAAUGUCUUGAAAUAGGGCAAGCACAGCCAAACCCAUACAAUCAACUUUUAGGCGUCAUUGGUUAUCGUCGAUAACAAAAGGAAACCAGGACGAGUCCUUGCAGGCUAUUGUAGGAUAUCCAGCUCAAUUUCGUUGCCCUCUUGUUGCUACUCGGGAUCUUAAUCAAACGCAAUGGCAUUCUCUUUCUGCGAAUCCUUUCUCCUACCGAGGUGGUGAGAAAAUGGGUCAGGAUGUCCUGUCUUCUCUCCUUACAGAUCUGGUGGUCAAGAGCGAUGGGACAGAAAUAUUAGCCAAUCAGAAAUGUACAAAACCAAGCUCCCGUUCCUCAUUGCGUGGAUUGAGUUCGUUUGACUCGAUUGCCGUCACUCAGUCCAUUCCUCCGGGGUACUCCAAUGUGAUCACUUGUUUCGUUCAAAUCAAAAUGAAAUCCACGAACUCGCCAGAAGAAGCCAAGGAGGCAUCGUCAGAGACCCCAUCUUCCGCAUCCCAAUCCAUUAACAGCAUGAAGGAUAAUGUCGGGGCCCGAAUCCGAAAGCACUGCGACCGGACUUUUGAGCGCCUGGACAAGACUCACCUCCCCGUAGGCCAUGUGUUGGCCUUUGCUUCAAGCAUGAUCAUGUCGUUCUUGUCGUUCAUCGUGGUGCUGAUUCAGAGCGCAGAUUCCUAUGUGAUUGCCGCCUCGAGGAACUUGCUAACUUUCCUGCUCUCCCUUCCCAUGUUGUUUGUGAUGGGUGUGUCACCAUGGCCCAAGGAGAACAAAAAACUCAUCCUAACCCGAGCCAUAUGCUCCACUACCGCCAUUCUACUAAAUUAUUACGCUCUAAAGAAUAUGCCCAUCGGCGAUUGUCAAAUGAUUUAUGCUACCUCCCCCGUGAUGGUUACCAUUUUUGCUUGGGCAAUUCUGAAGGAACCCAUAACGGCCAACUCAAUGGUGAGCAUUUUGACCGCUAUUCCCGGGCUGAUUCUCAUCAUCCAGCCCCCUCAGCUCUUCCCAAAAGAUGAGGAUAUUGAGGGAUCAGUGGUGUACCAAAAUGCCACCUACGCCGCUUUGAUGUGCUCCUUGGCGGUGGUUUUUGUGGGAGCAGCCACAGUUUGCUCUAGAAAACUUCGGAAUGUUAAUUGCCUGAUCUUGACCGUGUGGAAUGGUGCUUUUGGUUCAAUCCCUGGCUUUGUGAUCUCAUGGUACGUUGGAUCCUUGGCAAUGCCUUCAACCAUUGAUCUGUUGUGCAUCUUGACCAUUGGAUGCAUGGCCAUGAUUGGGCAGAACAUGUUUAUCUGCGCUGUCAAGUUCGAAGCUGCCGGAGUAGUAUCCCUGAUUCGGAAGUCCAGCGAUUCCUUCAUUGCCGUCCUAAUUCAGAUCUUGUACUUCCAACAAUACCCCAAUACUUACACCAUCAUAGGUGAGGUUAUGAUCUUUUUUGCCGUAAUCUACUCCAGUGGGUAUAAGAUUGCCAAGACCUCGAAUAAUUUGUGGAUGCGCUUCUUCUUCUUGGCUGGGAAACCCAAGAACAUCGCCAUUCCGUGUUUGAGCAUGGAAAUUGGUCCUUAAGUGCUUUAUUCCUUUCAUACAAACACAUCCAAUCUACAUACGUUUAAGCAUCCAUUCAGUUGUCAGUUAAAAACAGAUCAGAAUAAAAGAGCAUGAAAUGUCAAGUUUUCCCAAUUUGUUCAUCGUUCCCGUGAUGUAGCAGCUUUUACGCAGACCCGUAGAAAACCAGCUUUGAGGCGGUCUAGUUUGACCGCAAGCAACUUCAUGUCAUAAUAUAUUAAUGCUAUGAGUCGAAAGUUUCGAAUCUAUCUCCGAUUCUCUCGAGUCAGAUCUAAUAUCAACUUCAAGACUCUCACAUUGUUUACGAAAAAGGACAUUGAAGAAAACCGCCAAUGGAAGAAAGGAUGGAACAUGACUUUCGUCUAUCUAUCCAGAAAUAUGUGCUUUGUCAAAAGUGUGAUGCACCAUUAGCUCUCAUGUCAUCUUAAGCCUAGACGUUGUUA